UCAAAGUUGACCAAAAGGGAGGCGAUUUUUCGCAAUAACACUCAGACGAAAAAAGUUCAGCUGUUCGGUGUGCAUGUGGUAUUCUUGCCCAGAUCACUACAUGCGUUUCUGAAAGACUCGACUUGAGAAUCGGAUUUCAUUGAUUUGGAUUAAAAUUUCUCCUGGUCAUGGAAAUGCAGUCUACUAACACGGUUUAAUGCAGUUGUACGGAUGGUGGACGUCUGUGGCGCCUGUGAGUCAGGAUAGAUCUCGACUCCCAGCGAUCCACUAUUUUCCACUUUAAUGGUGUUGGAAAUCAGAUUUGGCACACACCAAGACGACCCGCUAAUGGCACACGUUCUCUUGUUACCCCUCAAAGCAUAAACGUGCCCUACUUCCUCAAUCUCUGCGCUUUCCUUUUGUUUCUGCGGAUGACAUCAUGGAGCUCUGUGGUCUAAGUGUAUUAUCGAUGGACGGCAGCGCUCUGGAUCUGAAGUCUGUGAGGUCACUGUAUCAUUUCAAGAGGAAUGUGAAGCCAUUCUAAUGCGUCUGAUUACAGCCACCACUGGAGAGCCUUGACUCAACAUGCAGGGGCAGCCCAGGCAGGCCCAGCAGCAACAGCUAGGAUGCCUAUCACCCAAGAAAAUGCCCUGAGCCAUCUACCUCUGCUGGAGAACUGGCUCUGGGCACGAGAAAAGGACAGAGAUGAGGGCAAUGAGCCUCAGAUAAGCACAGGCAGUGUUUGCAAGGCUGCCAUCCGCAAGCUUGUGGAAUACAUCCAGCUAAACUUUGCUGAAGUUGAGAGUCCUCUGUACAGUAGCAGCCAAUUCAGAGAGGAAAUCGAUGCUGAGGUGAGGGCGGUCUACCUGAACAAGUCUGAGGAAGAUGGACCGGAGUUUGGGCUCAGCUUUGGAAAUAUUCCCAUUUUUGGAGACCCCGAGGGGAAGAAGAAAGGGGUCAGGAGGAGGCGCAGGAAGGGCGAUAAAGGCCCUGUCUUGGAUGUCGGGUGCAUUUGGGUGACUGAAGUGAAAAAGAACAGCCCAGCGGCCUGUUGUGGAGAUAUCAAACUGCGGGAUGAGCUUCUGUCACUGAACGGACAGUUGAUGGUUGGGGUCGAUGUCACCGGAGCCAGUUACUUGGCGGACCAGUGCUGGAAUGGAGGCUGCAUCUACCUGAUCAUGUUGCGAAGAAUUAAACGCAAGGCUCCUCUCCCUCCAUGCAAUGGCAGUGGGGGCAACUCCGUGGACGUCUCUAAUGAGCGCAAUGUCUUCUCAGAGCCUGCAGGCAGCCCCACACAGAAUGGACAGAACGGCAAACGAACCCGCAAAUUUGGCGUCAUUUCCCGCUCCUCCUUCGCUCGCGACAGCAAAGACAGUAAAGCUAGCCGGGACUUUGAGCAUGAGAAUGGCCACAGCUCCAUGGAGGCAGAGGUCACGUCCCCAGAGAGCAGCACCCCUCAGGACACACCAACCGAUGAUAGUCCAGUCAUUGGCUCCUCAGUGCUGAUGUCCAAUCACAUGAAGGUGGGAAGCACAGCCCCCCUACCCAGCCGGUCCCACUCACGCCUGUCUGAAAGCCACAAAACUGAGUCAAUAAGCAGUGAACCUUCCAGUCAGCCCCGUGAGGGCAGCCGGAUCUGGAAGAUGCACAUGGUGAAGGGUCAGGAUGGACUGGGUAUCCAGAUCACGGGCGGGCGAGGGUCCAAGCGCUCUCCUCACGGUAUCAUCGUGGCCCACGUGGAGGAGGGAGGAGCCACACAGAGGAACAUCGCUAAAAAUCACUGCCUCUCGAAAAAGGCUUGUGGAGGAAGCCGCCUGGAGUCUGUUGGUGAAGACGAUGAGCUUAUCGUGGAAAACGGUGAUGCAGGAAGUGAUGUGGCAGAAAAGCCUGCGCGAGGAGGACGCAAACAUUCCCUCCCGCAGCAGCUGGAUACAGUUGGCAUUCGACAGGAAUAUCAAAUUGUGAAGAAAUCGGCUCGUUCCCUGAGCACUGUUCAAGUGGAAUCUCCAUGGCGACUGGCACAGCCAUCCAUAAUCUCCAACAUUGUCCUAAUGAAAGGACAGGGCAAGGGUCUCGGCUUCAGCAUUGUCGGUGGGCAGGAUUCAGCCCGGGGGAGGAUGGGUAUAUUCGUCAAGACAAUUUUCCCCAAUGGAGCAGCUGCAGCAGACGGGAGACUGAAGGAAGGUGAUGAGAUAUUGGAAGUGAAUGGAGAGUCUCUCCAAGGCCUCACGCACCAGCAGGCCAUUCAGACCUUCAAGCAACUGAAGAAGGGCGUAGUUACCCUAACUGUGCGGACCCGUCUGAGAAGCCCAAGUCUUACACCCUGUCCCACGCCCACCCUACUAAGCAGAUCCAGCUCUCCGAACUCAAAUGCCAGUGGUGGGACUCCAGUCCCUCCUAGCUUUGAAGAUGGGGACUCUCGUAAGGGGCCUGGUCCCAAAGAUCGCAUUAUCAUGGAGGUUACACUGAACAAAGAGCCAGGUGUGGGGCUCGGUAUCGGUGCCUGUUGUCUAACACUGGAAAACAGCGCUCCUGGGAUCUACAUCCACAGCUUGGCUCCAGGAUCUGUUGCCAAAAUGGAUAGCAGACUCAGUCGAGGAGACCAGCUCCUGGAGGUGGACUCUGUGAGCCUGAGACACGCAGCGUUGAGUGAAGCCUAUGCUAUCCUGAGUGAAUGCGGACCCGGCCCAGUCAGCCUCAUCAUCAGCCGACAUCCAAACCCCAAAGUGUCUGAACAGGAGAUGGAUGAAGUGAUCACUCGCUCCACUCACAGAGAUAGUCAUUCUUCCCACACGCUCGGCCUGCCGUCGAAGAGUCCAUCUCCCUCUGUUAAAGUCAAGCAGGGUGAGGGUAAUCCUGCUCUCAGCUGGACCAUGAAGAGAUUUCUUGAGCCAGCCAGCAGGCAAGGCUCGUUGAGUUCAGAGGCAGAGCUCUCUCAGUAUUUCUCAGUUCACGAUGUACCCAGCCAUUCUUCCCUUUCUGAGACCACGGUGAUGGGAUCCAGUGAUGACGACAUGCUGCAUAGUAGCAGGAGCUGUAAUACAUCUAUGGAGGAAUCAGCAGCACCUCGGCCGCAUGUGUAUCAGGAUUGCUCCUAUAGGGGUUCAGACAGUAGUCCCACAACCCCAGAAUGUUGUAAAGCCUCUGGAGGGGCUGGUCGCACUGCAGACACACCCCAACAGGCCAGCGUGGGAAGCAGUCCGAGUUCUGUUCGCAGCCCACUUCUUCGUCAGCGUCGGGUCAUAUGCUAUGAGGAUGAACCUAGCGACGAUGAAACCGGCCUUGAAGAGGACAGUGGCCCUUUCCGUCGCCGCCUUCGCGGGUUCUCGGAUGGCGGCCACCACCACCAAGAGGAAGGCUCUGGUAUUGUAAUAGCCACGUCGUCUCUCGAGGUCGAUGAUGAAAGCCAGGAUAGCAGUGAGAGCCACAGACAGAUAGGCAGUGAACCAGCCACUCUGCUCUACGGCAUCUCGCUCGAAUCUGAGGAAGGACCUAGCGGCCUGCCUAGUGCCGAAUCUCCCUUCAUGCCCAUUCGCUGUAUGGAGACAGCCGGAGGAACAAACCUGGGCAUCAAAAAAGAGCCCCAUCGAGAAGGGCAGGAGGUCAAACGCUCACCCAAGCUGGAGCACAAAGCUGUGACUCGUGUCAAGAGCAUGAUGAGCAUUGAGUGCCCUAACCCUCCACAAAGAGCCAAGGGUGAAGAACCACCUUUAGUCCCAGCAACCGCUGUCCAGGUUGCACAGAACAGCACACGGCCGCCCUGCAGGAUGCUGCACUGCAAGAAGGGGGAAUCCAGUGAGUUAGCAGGGGUCUGCACUAUUGAGACGAUAGUGCUCCAGCGUAAUGAGACUGAGUCUUUCGGUCUGGAUCUGGAGAUUAAAUCCGCUCCACUCAAGGUGCUGAUCACAGGGCUGAGACCGGGAGGUGUUGCGGAAAGGGAAGCCUCAGGGAAGAUGAGCGUUGGUGAUGAGAUUGUAACAAUUGGUGACACCCCUGUGUGUACAUCCACCUAUCAGGAGAUCUGUGACCUCAUGCACAACCUGCCAAUCACAUUGACCUUAGAGAUUAAGAAGCCAGUCUCAGCUGUAGAUCGACUUUCUAGCCUGGUUAUGUCUUCUGGCUGUGAGGUCUCGUCUAAAAUGGAGACACCUAGACCUCCAGAAGAAAGGAAUCAUAUGGACAAAAUUAUUGUUGCAGCCCAAGAAAGCCUUUCAUCAGAAACAAAUGCGAAACAGGCAUUAGCAAUCCACAGCAACAGCAUUCCCAUCACUAAUAUUGAUGAUGUCAUAACUGAACUGAACUCAGCAGAAAGCAAAGAAAAAGACAGAAGUGUCUUGGAUUCCACAGAUGCAAGUGCAAAAACAGAAGAGUGCAGUCAAGUAGACGACAGAGGAACUGCAGCACAAUUGCAACCUAACCUUCUGGAUUUCUCUGCCCUAGAUGUGGGGAACAGCGCUUGCCAUUUUCCUGUAGGAAAAACGUUUUUAAAUAGUUACUCAAGGAACUUUAGUAAUCUGGGAGAGGACAUUGUCCUAGAGAAAGCAAGUAUGUACAGUCUGGUGGAAGAUGGUGACUCUGAGAGUGACUCUACAGACAGUGCUGUCAAAGUAGAGUCGUCUCAAGGUCACUGUGAGGGUCCUCAGGACACUGACUCCGAUGAGGAAGAGGUUGAGCUCUGUUACAGCACUGUCAGUCAGCCUGCAUUCAGCCAAUCAGAGGGCAGCUGUUUGCCAGACAGAAAAAGCAUGGCCAAUUGCCAGACUGUUGACAGUCUUGCUAGUGGAGGCAUACUUGCUAGUAUGGAUCUCCACAACCCUCUGUCACUCACAAUGCAAGACAAGGAUUCGCAAGAGUAUCAUUCUGUCUCUAGGUUACCAGAUCCACUUUGCCCUCAAGUUUCAGGUGAUGAUCUCCUAAAUGGGGAGAGUGGACACACUCCCACACAACAGGAGGCAAUGUGUGCAUCUCAGAGAACACCAUCAAACUGCAACACUGAUGAAAAAUGUGAAACCAUUUCAAAAUCUGUUCAAAUCUGCCAGACACCAACAGGUGUCCCUUAUCCCGCUGUUACUCAGGGUAUUAGUCACGUCACCCCAAGAAGUCAAGAGAGGACAACUAAGUUGGUCUCAGAUGCAUCUCUGUCAGUAGAGAAACUCAAUACUGAGCAAGUGCCACUGGGGUCAACUGUGUCACAGCCCAAGGCAUUAAAUGGCAAAACUAGUGGGCAGGCCUCCUCUACAAUUGCUCCAAAAGACAAGGAGAAAGAGAAAGAUCAUCCUAUACUUGACUUGAAAUCAUCACUUUCCCAAACCCAGAGUAAAUCCACCUCUUAUUGUGUCAAAUCUUUGGGAACUAAAUCCCCUAAUGACACUCCUAUCUCGCCCCUGCUGAGAAGUAGACUCAAAGUUGAUGAUAAAAAGUCAAAUACCUCUUCUAAACUUAAGGGUCUAAGUAUUAAGAGUAAAUCCGAUGUGGGGAACAGCGCUUGCCAUUUUCCUGUAGGAAAGACGUUUUUAAAUAGUUACUCAAGGAACUUUAGUAAUCUGGGAGAGGACAUUGUCCUAGAGAAAGCAAGUAUGUACAGUCUGGUGGAAGAUGGUGACUCUGAGAGUGACUCUACAGACAGUGCUGUCAAAGUAGAGUCGUCUCAAGGUCACUGUGAGGGUCCUCAGGACACUGACUCCGAUGAGGAAGAGGUUGAGCUCUGUUACAGCACUGUCAGUCAGCCUGCAUUCAGCCAAUCAGAGGGCAGCUGUUUGCCAGACAGAAAAAGCACGGCCAAUUGCCAGACUGUUGACAGUCUUGCUAGUGGAGGCAUACUUGCUAGUAUGGAUCUCCACAACCCUCUGUCACUCACAAUGCAAGACAAGGAUUCGCAAGAGUAUCAUUCUGUCUCUAGGUUACCAGAUCCACUUUGCCCUCAAGUUUCAGGUGAUGAUCUCCUAAAUGGGGAGAGUGGACACACUCCCACACAACAGGAGGCAAUGUGUGCAUCUCAGAGAACACCAUCAAACUGCAACACUGAUGAAAAAUGUGAAACCAUUUCAAAAUCUGUUCAAAUCUGCCAGACACCAACAGGUGUCCCUUAUCCCGCUGUUACUCAGGGUAUUAGUCACGUCACCCCAAGAAGUCAAGAGAGGACAACUAAGUUGCUCUCAGAUGCAUCUCUGUCAGUAGAGAAACUCAAUACUGAGCAAGUGCCACUGGGGUCAACUGUGUCACAGCCCAAGGCAUUAAAUGGCAAAACUAGUGGGCAGGCCUCCUCUACAAUUGCUCCAAAAGACAAGGAGAAAGAGAAAGAUCAUCCUAUACUUGACUUGAAAUCAUCACUUUCCCAAACCCAGAGUAAAUCCACCUCUUAUUGUGUCAAAUCUUUGGGAACUAAAUCCCCUAAUGACACUCCUAUCUCGCCCCUGCUGAGAAGUAGACUCAAAGUUGAUGAUAAAAAGUCAAAUACCUCUUCUAAACUUAAGGGUCUAAGUAUUAAGAGUAAAUCCAAAGACCUAGAACAGUCCGUCUCUAGAACGCCAAGAGUGGAAAGUCCAGGACAGAAAAAAGCUCUCAGCUCCCAAAGUCAGUCUCCUAAACUUAUCUCCAAAAGAACCACACCAACUGGUAGCCCUAAAUCCACCAGGACAUCUGAGAAGAUCAGGGUUACUUGUAAAACUGACCAACCCACUGUGUCCAGUGUCUUAAAGACAAAUUCCAUCAACACCACCAAAGAAGAACUCAAGCCUUCCAAGAAGGAACAAGUCCCGGACCUAAAGGAGCAAGUCUCAAAAUCAGAGGUUACUGUCAUCAACACUCAAAGAACUUUCAUUGAGGUACGACUUUCAUCCUCUUCAUCAUCUACACCUGUGCUGACACGCAAGGAAGUUGGGAAUGCAAGUCAUUUAAGCUUGGCCUCGAUGUCAGUUGAUCAAGUCCAGUGUGAGGAAUCAAAUUCAGACUCCUCUCUUGGAAGACACGCUGUCCCAUUAGAAUCAACCAAUUCUCCGUCUAUUUGUGCUCACCAUAACGGUACUAAUAAAUCAAAUGAAACUUCUUGCAAUGGCCAGGAAGAAAAUCUCCUCAGGAACUCAAAUAAUAAAGAUGCUGCUUCUAGUCUCAAAACAAGCAUAUCCAAACUGUACCUAAGGGGACUAGACCACAGGAGCUGCUCUACAGACAUUAGUGGGUCUCUUGACCCAAACCCCUUCUCAGCAAAAAAAAAAAACACUAGCAGCACAACAGCACACAGGGGCUUUGUGAAGGGGGAAUUGUUUGCAUCUCUUUCCAGUGCAGAUGGUGGCCACAGUCUCCUGGGAACCGCCGCCACCUCACUCUACCUGCCAAGAGUUCAAUAA